AUGUCGCACCUGAGCAUCCUGACCUUCAAAUACAAUCUAGCGAAGCUCCGGUUCAAGCCCUCCCGGCCGGCCGGACGGCUGCUGUCCGCCAGGGACCGGCAGCAGUCGGACCUGAUGAUGUACAAGCCUGACGAGGAGGAGAUGGCCAAGGUGUUCGACAAGAUCGCCGGCGAGCCUGGCCGGAUCUCGAGGAGCGACCUCCAGGUGCUCCUGCAGAGGUUCGAGAAGGCGGACGCCGCGGGCGAGGCGCGGCGCAUGGUCUGCGCCGCCGACAGCAACAAGGACGGGUACAUGGACCUGGAGGAGUUCAUGGAGGUGCACAGGAACGGCGUCCAGCUGGGCGACAUACGCCGGGCCUUCUUCGUGUUCGACAGGGACAGGGACGGCAGGAUCACCGCGGAGGAGGUGAUGGACGUCCUGCGCAGGCUCGGGGACAGCUGCAGCCUUGAGGACUGCCGGAGGAUGGUGAAGGAGAUCGACAGGAACCAUGACGGGUUCGUGGACAUGGAUGACUUCAUGGCCAUGAUGACUCGCCCGAGGAAGAGGAUGUAA